UGCGUCUCGGGCGCCACCUGACCGAGCUACCGCCCGGAGCCCCGGACCGCCGGCCUGCCGAGUCUCCCGCCCGCGCCGCAAACCCGAGCCACCCUGCUGCCGCGCUGAUUAGAUUUGCUUCCAAUCUGCCAGUGGCCAGUCGAAUCGAUGGCGGCGUGGUCGUCGCCGCCGUCGCUUCGCCACCUCCUCCUCCUCCGCCCGCGCUUGCCCCUCAGCCCCACCUGCCUCGGAGGCUCCUUCUCGCGCCGCCACAUCCACAGCCGCUGCCGUCUCUUCUCCUCCGCCGCAUCCUCGUCGACGCUGACCCACGGCGACGCCGCCUCGACGAACGGUGAUGCUGAUGGCGUCGUCGACGUCAACCCUCCGCGCGGAACUAGGGACUUCCCGCCGGAGGACAUGCGGCUCCGCACCUGGCUCUUCGACCAAUUCAGGGAAGUCUCCCGCCUCAUGGCCUUCGAGGAGGUGGACUUCCCCGUCCUAGAGUCGGAGGCUCUCUUCAUCCGGAAGGCAGGGGAAGAGAUUACGCAGCAGCUCUACAACUUUGAGGAUAAAGGGGGUCGCCGUGUCGUUCUCAGGCCCGAAAUCACCCCUUCCCUCGCGCGCCUAGUCAUAAAGCAAGGAAAAUCAGUCUCCCUUCCACUGAAAUGGUUUACUAUAGGACAAUGCUGGCGAUAUGAGCGCAUGACCAGAGGAAGAAGGCGGGAACAUUACCAAUGGAAUAUGGAUAUAUUUGGUGUGCCUAAAGUUCGGGCUGAGGCUGAGCUUCUUAAUGCUAUUGUUCUCUUAUUUCAACAUCUUGGAAUUACAUCUUCAGAUGUGGGGAUCAGGGUGUCCAGCCGUAAGGUUCUUCAGGCUGUGUUGAACAUGUACUCCAUCCCAGAACAUUUAUUCACUGAAGUUUGUGUCAUUGUCGAUAAAUUGGGUAAAAUGACUAGGGAAGAAAUUGAGAAGGAACUUAUUUCUACUGGGCUGUCAUCUGAAGCUGUCCAGGGUAUCAUUGAUGUGCUUUCGCUCAAGUCAUUGUCCAAACUUGAAGAGGUGGUAGGCUCUGAUGUUGAAGCUGUUGCUGACUUGAAGAAACUCUUCUCCUUUGCGGAGCAGUAUGGUUAUGCUGAUUGGAUUUGUUUUGAUGCAUCAGUGGUCCGUGGCCUUGCAUACUACACAGGAAUUGUAUUUGAGGCAUUUGAUAGAGAAGGAAAACUAAGAGCAAUUUGUGGUGGUGGAAGGUAUGAUAGAUUGCUUUCAACAUUUGGAAGUGAAGAUAUACCGGCUUGUGGCUUUGGAUUUGGAGAUGCUGUUAUAGUGGAACUGCUGAAGGAAAAGGGUCUCUUGCCUGAUAUGUCACGCCAAAUUGACGACAUUGUCUUCCCUUUGGACGAAGAACUUGAAGGGCCAGCAUCCAGUAUUGCUGCCUCUCUGAGGAAGAAAGGCCGAUCUGUUGACCUUGUAGAAGACAAACGUCUCAAAUGGGUAUUUAAGCAUGCGGAGAGGAUCAACGCUAGCAGGCUGAUUUUGGUUGGAAAUUCUGAGUGGGAGCGAGGCAUGGUUCGCGUAAAGAUACUUUCAACCAGGGAAGAAUUCGAGGUGAAGGCAGGUGAACUAGAGUGAUUGUAAUUUAUAAAAAUGUUAACGUUAUGCUAGCCUCGGCUAAUGCUGGUGAGUGAGACCGAGAGGGAUAAAAUCAAACAGGAGCUAGCUAUCCUGGAGUUUGACUUGCAGUAACAAUUUUUUGGUGAGUAACAUGUUGAUGCUGUAACAGCAAUUCAUAUUCAUUCAGAAUUCAUGGGCACGACCCUUGCCAGCUAGUAUGUUCAUUUGACUGUAAAUAUACAUCACACAUACAUAGCCUCCAGCUUGGCUAGGAAACCAUUGGACCAUUUUAUUUUUGUUUU